AUGUCAGUCCGAAAGUCCUUAACUGCUCCGCUUCUGCGGCUCAUGGUCGGGGAUGUUCUCGCCGUAGUCGUGGUCGCUGAUGGGCCGCUGGUCGUCUUACACAACUUCGAGACAGAGGAGCUCACCAUGCUGAAGCAGCGGGGCAAAUCUGUGGUUGGUGUGCCUUUUGUGGAGCGGUUGCUGAGGGAACGGAGCUUGCUGGACAAGGUCUGGGCGCUGCCGCUGUACGACUUGAUCUACCGGUCUGAGAAGGGCCUCUGCUUUUCGGCCAUGACUCCUCAACAUCGCUGCCGCUGCCAGGACAUCGCCACCUGGGUUGGCGCGCGGGUGACUGAAGAGGUGACCCCAGCGACGGAGCUCCUGGUGGCGCAGAAGGUCAGCCUGCGGCCGGACUCCAAGUACCAGAUGGCUCUGAACCUCAGGCUGCCCAUCGUCAGGCCCAGCUACCUCGAAGCCCUGUGGAGCCAGCAGCGGCUGGUGGACAAAGAGACCCACUUUUUGCCACCGUUGGCUGGGCUGGCCAUCAACCUUGGUCCGGUCCAGGACCAGGUCUCACCGGAGCUCCGACGGCGUGCCGAAGCUGCUGGGGCUACGAUCACGACUUUGGACAAGGCGGAAAUCAUCAUCGUGACAGAUGCCUCGAAGCCGAUCUACAAGGAGGGGAGAAACUUGGGGAUGCUCCUGGCGCCUCCGCGCUGGCUCGAGCGCUGCCUUCAGAUCGGCUGCUGCCUGGAGAUUGCCGGAGAGCUGGAGGUCCCCCAGGCAGGCGUCCCUAUGGGCGGGAGCCUGCUCAGCGUGGAGGCAGAGAUUUCCCCUAUCUUGGCAGACUGUGUCCUGUGCCUUGUGUAUCUGCCUCCAGGUCGGGCCCGCGACCAGGCUUUGCACAUGGCAUAUCGCUGUGGGGCCAUGACCACCUUGGAGCCCAACGACUCGCAGGUGACGCACGUCCUUUUCAACGUCGUUCCUGGUGUUUUGGUCAAUGUGUCUGUUCGCGUAGACGAGGAGGAUGACCGCGUGCAGCUCGUGGAUGUCCGCUGGCUUGAAGCUUGCGUGGAUACCGGGAAGAGAGCUUCGGAGCAAGGUUUCCCCAGGCCUCGUGUGACCUACAAUCCGAGCUGCGACGCCGCCUACUCUGCGGCCCUUCAGCCGGACUCGAGCACUCCAAGCGCCGGCGAGGCGCGACGUGUCGAGGGCGGCGCUGCCCUCGAGGAUGUCAGUGCCAAGAGCACCCAGCUGGUUGAGGCUCCAGCUCAGCCUGGGCCGCUGGAUGGCCCGCCGCUGUCCGGCCUCACCAUCCGCAUCACGGGGCUGGAUGGCUCCUGGCAGGGCUCCAGGGAAAGGCAGCGUCUGCAGGAGAUGGUACAGACCCUUGGAGCCAAAGUGGCGGAUCAAACGAGCCGCCUUGCGGACAUCACGCACAUCGCCUGUGUGGUCCCGGAGCGCUUGGAAGCUGGCCUGGCUGAGAAAGCCAAGAAGCGGCAGAUACACUUGGUGACAGCACAGUGGCUGCUAGACUGCAAUCGGCGUGGCAGCCGUCAACCAGAAGCCAGGUACAACGUCAGGGAUGCGGCGCCUGCGGCCUCCCCAAGUCUAUCGCUGGAGGACGAGGCCUUGGCCAAAGCUAGCUCCUGCGUGGGGGCCACUGUCCUUGCCAAGUGCGACAUCCUGGUGUCGCCUUGGGCCUUAGGCCUGCAGCCGAAGCUCAUGCAGAUGGCCAAGGAGCUGGGGGCCACGUCCGUGCGGGCCUUCCGGAACGUUGAGGACCUGCGGGCCUUGCUGCAGGCCAAGGCCGAAGGCCAGGCGUGGGUCGUGGUCGUGGAGAAGGAGGAGGCCAGGCAAGGGUCCCUGGAGGGCUGUGCGGAGACGUGGACGCCCGAACUUCGCAGCAUCUUCGUGCAGCCAAGCUGGCUCUCUGAGACCUACUCACAGCGCCGCCGGCUGGCCCUCAGCUCCUUCGCGGCCUUCUCGGGAGAAGAAGAUUCCGGGUCCUUGCCGCGAGUCGCUCCAGAGGCAGCCUACGCUUUCCAGCCAGCUGAGAUGAAGCGGAUGGAGGAGGAGGCGGCGCAGGCCCACGCCCGCGAGGUGCAGUCCAAGGCUCAGCAGCGGGUGUCACAGGGGCUCCGCCUCGCAGACUUGGGCUGCUGA